AUGGAUAUUGAACCACCCUUUGUAAAGACAAUACUGAAAGGCAGUUUAAAAAUUGCCAUCAAUGGGGUGAAUAUGCUGACCCUUGGGCUUGUUUUCAUCUUACAGUGGUCAUCACCUCCAGAAGCCAUUGAGCGUCUUAAAUCUCAAGAAAUAUGGUUUGCUCCACCUCAGUUCUAUGAAUUGUGUAGGCUGUGCAACUUCCCUUCGCUCCGUGAGUUACACAAGUUCAGCUCUGAUCGAGCUCUAGAGGGAUGUGAACGUUGGAUGCCCGUGAUGUUAACUGCUUCAGAUGGCAACGUUCAGCUAUUGCCAGGAGAUGAGUUAUAUCCAGAAGAUCCAGAUUAUACAGGAGAAAAGAAAAUAGUCAUGUCAACAGAUAAAAAGCUUGAAGAUCUCAUGAAAGAGGGUAGCGUAUUUCACAGGGUAGUAAUAAAAAACAUCAACAAUCUUGCUAUCUAUGUUAAUAUUCAAGCAAAAUAUAAACAUACAAAUCCAUUGAUGAUAAACACUGAUUGUUCAGAUUACAAUAGCAAAUUAUAGUUUCUGUUCAAAGAUAAGAGUAUUUUUAAUUACAUAUAUAUUCACUGUGACUUUGGUCCUUUCUAACCAUUGCCAAAUAGUCAGGAAAAUAUUCCUUUGUGCUGCCAAAACACGGUGUGUGCGUGUGUGGUCUGGGACUUAGGUGUGCUUAAUUCGCUGAGUCUUUGAAACAGCACAGUUGUGCCAGUUACGGUAUUUAGAGGCCACUGAAAAUUUAACAUCACCAUCAACAUAAUUAUUGAAUAACUUAAACGUGAUUUGAUGGUAAUUACACUGAGCCAUUACCACCUUAUUCUACUUACAUUCUAAUUGCAGAAUAUGCUGUAACACUGGUCUGUUGGAUCACACAGGUCCUUUUCUCACUGAAAAUUUAAGUAUAUAUUAUGUGCAGAACAAGAAGUUUUGAGCUGAAGAAUUCUUUUACUAUGCUUCCCAAAGUCAUCCCAUUAGGCAACUGUAACGUGUCUAGGAAUGAAUGAAAUCUCCCAUUCCAUAUCUGCUGACAUCUCCUACUCUAUUCUCUCUUUCAUUUUUGAGGAAACCAGUGUAUAUGUGUAUAUAUAGAUUUAUUAGCUAAAAUUCACUUUAAAUAAAUAUUGUAAAGUUAAUGCUUAUAUUCAAUAUACCUAAAUUCUUUCCACUAAUGGUAAUCUAUCCAAAAAUUCACAGUUUU